AUGCCGUCGGAACAAAAGUCGAGUGACUGUGAUGCCUUCCGGCCAUGCUCACUCUGUGCACGUGCAGACGUGCCCUGCGAGCCGGCCCUCCUUGGGAAGCCAGCGAGAAGCAAGACUAAAGCCGUGAACCCUCACAAACGCUCGCGGCCGCAUACCAAUGGCAGUGAUGACGGCCUCACCUCAUCCGUGGCCGCGACGAGGCGGCCCUCGUUAUCUCCAGGAGAUGGUAUAAAUCCCGACAUAGAAGGAGAAGAAAUACAACCGGCAGCUGCCACAAGGGAAACAGGUGCUGCACCGAUCAGUCGGCGUGGCUCUUGGUUGCCUGUAGACUAUGGCGAGUCUGAGUCGGCUAUGGGUAUUGCGCGCAAGAUAUAUAGGCUCGCAAGUCAAACUAUCGAUGACCACUCGACGUCGGCUAUUCCAGAUGGAGGAUACGGAACUCGGACGCCUCAGAAACGCGCUGGCGAUCGGCGUAUACCAAUAUCGACCAUCAUGGGCAGUAGAUUCCCUGACCAAGAGAAAAUUUGCUCUUUACUCGAGAGCUUCUUCGAGUCAGUACACUGGUUCUCUCUCGUCAUCUACGAACCGAAAUUCCGCCAGCGCCUCCAGUCCAUCCAGGACGGCUACGCUUAUCCAUCCGAGGCGCCGUUCCUGACCCUGCUUUCAAUGAUUCUGUGUAUGGCUGCAUGGUACCGUUCGAAAACGGGCACUCAAGAAUCCAGAGAUGGCCAGGAAUGGCGCCUCUGGAGUAAUGAUUUGCUCAAGAUAGUUGAAUCCCGGCUGGUCCAGAUUCUGGACCAGCAGUCGAUUGAGGCCGUGCAGACUUGCAUCCUACUGGGAUCCCAUCACGUCUACCAUGGCCGACCGAGUCUAUCCUUUUCACUUCUGGGUGCUACCAUAAAGAUGUCUCAUGCCAUGGGUCUGCAUCGUGGCCAUACGCGUGGCAGCCCUGCUGACAUCCAGGAGCGCAAGAGAGUAUGGUGGACUAUCUACACGUGGGACAGAUUUGCUUCGAUAUCCUAUGGCCGGCCGUUGAGUAUUAAUGAUGAAGACUGCAAUGUAGAGAUGCCAGCCGAGAUUGCCGAGUGUCCAUACUUUACCCAGCAAUCGCUACAGCAGGAUCUACCAGGGAUUAUGUACUCGCCCUAUCAGACGCAGCUCAGCAAGCUCUACGUUCUCGCUUCUCCUGCCCUCAAGAUCAUAUUCGGCUCGUUAUCAGCACGGUCCCCUAUCACAAGCUUGGAGUCAAAGUACUCCUCGCUCAUCAGCGAAGUCACGCACAAACUCCUUGCCUGGCGCCGCCAAUUACCCCAGCAUCUGUCGCUGGACCUGACUAAAGAUGUCGACCUUGGAAACUCCGACCGAAGCUAUCGUGCACAUGCCUUGCAGUCGCUAUCUCUUCAGCUCACCUUUGACAACCUACUCAUCGUGCUUCACCGACCGUUUCUGGCUCGUCAGGCCGAGCACUUGUCCACCACGCCAGGUACCAACGCUGCCCAGCAUAGUUCGCCCUUUACGCCGACACAAUCGCCUACCAUGAUCCACGGCGCCGAGAGCAUCCGAUCACAGGAUCAACUAUCACCGGGCUUAGAGAAACAGGCGAGUUCUGAGUACUGGUGGAGCGCCGCUGUCAGGACCGCCAGUAUUACCGAGUUACCCCAGCUCGCCCAGCUCGCCACAAACAGCCAUCUCGUUGCUUUUAUGGCCAUAAAUCUGUUUCACUCGGCUAUAGUUUUGGUCCUGGUCGCCCUUCUAAACCCUCUUUCCGAUUCCUCACAAGGUGUGAAGCGAACAAUCACCCGGGUAUUCCGAUUGCAGGAGCUAUUGGGUCAGCGUUCAGCGUUGUCAAGUCAGAGCAGCGUCGUCCUUAGGAAUCUCAUCGGUCUUCUACUGCGACGAGAGGGCGAGGCCAUGCUCGGACCAGUAGGGAUGGCGACCACAUCGACGACCUCUCAAAUGGAACAAGGCCCCGGCGCUGUAGAAGACUCUACAUUUCUGUCGGUUCAUGACACUCUUUGUCUCCCUCUGGAGGCCACCAUUAAUACUUCACAACAAGGGAUGGAGGGGCCGCCCUGGCCAAAGUUGAAUCUGGCUCAACGCUUAAACGAGACUCUGGCGUCCGUACAACAAGUCUUUCCCUCUGUCCCAAAUGACAUGUCUUUUCUCGACCCGACUCAAGUACUCGAGGAUGAUGUAGAUGCUCAAGACAACUCCUUGCCAUUGACACAGCACGACAUGUCCCAAACGCCGUUUAGCUACCAAGAUCCCGGAGGUCUGGGGAAUCAGGUAGAUUCGGUAGAUUUUGAAGGAAAUAGUCUUUUCUGGUUGUGGAACUCCAACUGGAGUUCGGAUCCUGCAUCAUAG